AUGCAAGGGGCGACCGACGUGGAUGUGAAGCUGGUGUAUUUCAAGCCGGACGGCACGCAGAAGGAUAUCCCCAUCCGGGAGGGCCGGCACAUCGUCGGCCGCACCGAUGAGGCCCAGCUGCGCAUCCCCCUCGCCACCGUCUCCCGCAAGCACUGCGAGCUGGUCUUCGAGGGCGAGAAGCUCGUCAUCCGCGACCUCGGCUCAUCCAACGGCACCUACAUCAACCACGAGCGCGUCCAGAACGCCGAGCUCGGCGCGGGGGACGUCCUGGGCAUCGGGCCCUGCCUGCUCACCGUCCAGAUCAACGGCCUGCCCGCGAACAUCGAGCCGCCAACCGAUUCGAGCGGCGAGAGCUCGCUCAUGGAGACGCCCCCCGCCGGCCUCGACGCCGACGAUGACUCGGACAACCCCCUCGACAACGUCGCGGUGGACGACCUCGAGUCAUCCGACCCCGAGGAGACCGUCACCAAGACGGACAUGGGAUCGGUGCUCCCGAACGCCGCGAAGGACGAUUCGAGCAUCUUCGAUUUCGACUUCGAUUUCGAGGACGACGAGAACCCGAAGCUCUGA